UAAAUCCGCCUUUAGGCAUUGAUGGAGGGUGUGGCUAAUGUUACAAUGUCUUCCACUGGUAAAAAGAGAAAAGGUUUAAAACAGCAGCUAAGAGAUACCAACCGUCUUCUAUCUAAAAGUGAUCUUCCUGAGACUGUACGAGUGUCAAAGGAAAGGAUUGCUAAACUGAUCACUCAAGAAAUAAAAGAGAAGGAGAAGAAGGAAAGAGAUAAGAAAAUUAAUAAAAAAUACAAAAUGGUCAAAUUUUUUGAAAAGAGGAAGGUCACUAGAAAAUUAAAAUCAUUAACAAAACAAUUGAUUACUGCAACUGACGAAGAUAGAGAAGCAUUGUUGUUAGAGAUUGAUAAUUUGAAAAAGGAUUUAAACUACAUAACAUAUUUUCCAAAUGGACACAAGUAUAUAUCCUUGUACCCUACCACUUCAACUAGUGAAAGAUCACUUCAAAUGAGAGAUGAUAUCUAUCAAAGUAUAACAAGACAAGUUUCUGAAGGAACUAUUAGUGAUUCCUUUCAUAGCAACUCACUGUGUGAUAGUCAAGAUAAAAAGGUCCAUGACAAGAAACUAACUGAUGAGUUCUUCAUGUAAUAAUUAUUUUCCCAAUGUAUGGUAUACAAUUAUUCCAGAAUCAUCCAUCAAUUGUACACGUAUUAUGCAUGUUCUAAGAAUCACGAUGUAUAAAAAC